AUGUUCAAUUUUGCCGUCGAUGACAUUGUGUCACCAUCUGCACCUCCCUUGGUCAAACUCGAGUACGACGUGGGUCGCUACGAGGCCUUUGACGAGAAUAACGAGAAUCAGGGAGCCUGUGGUCGACUCCUAAUGCCAACGAAGUCAAGCCGCGAGUCUACCUAUCUGCGAUUUGUGCUAUCAUGGUGUAUGGAGACUUUGUAUCGACAACUGCCAGGAUACUUCUGGCCAAUGGUGUGCUAUAGCGAAGAACUUCCCUUAGAGGUGAAUAUGGUGUAG